ACAGGAAGUGAGAACUGGCCUCCACGUCCAUGGUGAGCUUCCCACAAGCUCGUUCCUGGAGCAGUUGUCUUUAGAAAAGCCUUACAAGUCAGAGCCAGAGGUAACAGAUGCAGCAAUUUCAGGUCAAAAUUCCAUGUCCUCCACCAGGCCAGAGGUUGCGAGCAUAGAGCUGGCAGAUCAGGAUGAGCGCCAGUGUUCGCAGAAGGCUGUUGUCCAGGCACGGUCCUCACAGCCCACACGUCUGACAAGCAUCAUCUUUGCGGAAGAUAUAAUGACUGGACAAGUGCUUCGUUGUGAUGCUAUAGUUGAUAUAAUUCAUGGCAUCCAAAUUGUGUCCACAACAAGAGAACUCUAUCUUGAAGAUUCACCACUGGAGCUAAAAAUUCAAGCUUUGGAUUCUGAAGGAAACACUUUCAGCACAUUAGCAGGGUUAGUCUUUGACUGGACAAUAGUAAAAGACACAGAGGCUGAUGACUUUUCAGAUUCCCACAAUGUAUUACGUAUACUUAAGUUCUUGGAAUCCACUUAUAUUCCACCUUCCUAUAUAUUGGAGAUGGAAAAGGUUUCCAAGCAAGGAGAUACCAUUUUGGUGUCUGGAAUGAAAACAGGGAGCUCUAAAUUAAGAGCAAGAAUACAGGAAAGCAUCUAUAAGCAUGUACAUCCUGCAGAAGUCAGAUUACUUAUUUUGGAAAACAUCCUUUUAAAUCCGGCAUAUGACAUUUAUCUUCUGGUAGGAACAUCAAUUCAGUACAGAGUUCAGAAAAUAAGGCAAGGGAAGAUUACAGAAUUAAUGAUGCCAUCUGAUCAGUAUGAGCUGCAGCUACAGAACAACGUGCUUGGUCCUGAGGGAGAUCAGUCUCAGCCGGUUGCCAAGCUGGACAAGGCAACAUUGAUUGUAACUGCAUUGCAGCAGGGACAGAUUAACCUCGUGCUUGGGCACAAGAGUAUUCGCAUGCAAGGGGUUUCCAGACUACUAAACAGCACAAUCUAUGUUGUAAAUCCUGGGUACUUAGGAUUUACGGUUCGUCCAGGUCAGAGAUGGGUCCUAGAAACAGGCAGACUUUAUGAAAUUACAAUUGAAGUGUAUGAUAAAUCAAGGAAUAAGGUGUAUUUAUCUGACAAUAUCAGAAUCAAUACAAAGCUGUCCAGAGAAUAUUUUGAGGUGCUGAAGUCAUCUCUGAAUGGAUCAUAUCAUUAUGUGAAAGCAAUAAAGAAGGGUCAGACCAUUAUUUAUGCUGCGCUGACAUCAGUAGUAGAUCAGGACGGAGGUGUUCAUACAUUACCAGUUCCAGUGCGAAACCAGCAAGAUGUUGAAAUAUAUGUUCCCAUAGUUCUUUCACCCAGCAUUUUGGCGUUUCCUUGGCAGCCAAAAGCAGGAGUCUACCAGUACACCAUACAGGCUCGUGGUGGAAGUGGAAAUUUCAGCUGGUCCUACUCUAACCAGGCAGUUGCUACUGUGACAGUCAAAGGAGUAAUGACAACUGGAAGUGAUAUUGGUGUCAGUGUUAUUCAGGCAAUUGACGUUCAGAAUCCAUUGCAUUAUGGAGAAAUGAAGGUGUACGUAACUGAGCCUGGUGGGAUGGAGUUCACACCGUGUCAAGUUGAAGCACGUGUUGGCCAAAUAUUGGAGCUGCCCCUGAGGAUUAGUGGCCUAACAAAUGUCGAAACAGGCAAGAUGGUCUUACUGAACGACUGCUCACACUUUGAUCUAGUUGUGGAAGUAGAAAACCGUGGUGUGUUCAGGCCACUUCAAGGACGGCUUAAGCCAACUGCUGAUUUUUGUAGUGGAGUCAGAGUGAAAGCUGAAACUGAAGGAUACACCACACUUGUUGUUAGUUACACUCAUGGUCAUGUCCACCUCAGUGCUAGCAUCACCAUUGCUGCUUAUCUGCCAUUAAAA